AUGGGUUCCUCCAAGUUCACUUCCCAUUUCAGCUUAAGGGAGUCCAAACUGAACUCAUGGUAUGUGAUUGACGGGGCCACAGCUCUGUGGUGUGCAGCCGGAGCAGGACACUUCGAGGUGGUGCGCCUGCUGGUGAGUCACCACGCAAACGUCAACCACACCACCAUCUCUAAUUCCACCCCCCUGCGAGCCGCCUGCUUCGAUGGCCGCUUGGAUAUUGUUCACUACCUGGUGGAACACAGCGCCGACAUCAGCAUCACCAACAAGUUCAACAACACCUGCCUGAUGAUCGCUGCCCAUAAGGGCCACGUGGAUGUGGUCCGGUUCCUCCUGCAGCAGGGGGCAGACAUCAAUGCCAGGGCUCAUUGCGGCGCCACGGCCCUGCACUUUGCUGCCGAGGCGGGUCAUAAGGAAAUCGUCAAAGAGCUGAUCCGCUGCCAGUCCUUGAUGGUGGUGAAUGGACAUGGCAUGACCCCGCUGAAAGUGGCAGCAGAGAGCUGUAAGGCUGACGUAGUGGAGCUGCUGCUGGCUCACGCUGACUGUGAUUCUCGCAGUCAGAUUGAAGCCCUGGAGCUGCUAGGAGCUUCUUUUGCCAAUGACAGGGAGAACUACGACAUCCAGAAGGCAUAUCAGUACCUGCACAUGGCCAUGACGGAGCGGCACCGGGACCCUGAUGGCAUCAUUGUCAAGGAGCUGCUGCCUCCUAUUGAAGCCUAUGGAGGGCGCAGGGAGUGUCAAACCCUCCAACAGCUGGAGGUCAUCCGAGUGGACCGAGAUGCUCUACACAUGGAGGGGCUGAUGAUCAGGGAGCGCAUCCUGGGCUCGGACAACAUCGAUGUCUCUCAUCCCAUCAUUUACCGCGGAGCUGUCCACGCCGACAACAUGGAGUUUGAGCAGUGCAUCAAACUGUGGCUGCACGCCCUUCACCUCCGGCAGAAAGGAAAUCGCAACACACACAAAGACCUGCUGCGCUUUGCCCAGGUCUUCUCCCAGAUGGUUCACUUGAAGGAGCCAGUGUUGGCCUCGGCAGUAGAGCAGGUCCUGAGCUGCAGUGUCCUGGAGAUCCAGCGCAGCAUGGCUCGAGUCGACGUGGCAACUGAGUCUGAGCUGCUGCAGGCCACAGAGAACUUUGAGUCCAAUAUUUUUACUUUUCUCUACUUGGUUUGUAUCUCCACCAAGACUACCUGCAGUGAUGAGGACCGAGCCAGAAUCAACAAGCACAUCUACGACCUGAUCCAGCUGGACCCACGGACCCGUGAAGGCUGCUCAUUGCUCCACCUGGCCAUCAGCUCCAGCACGCCUGUCGACGAUUUCCACACCAACGAUGUCUGUAGCUUCCCAAAUGCCCAGGUGACCAAGUUGCUGCUGGACUGUGGUGCCCAGGUGAAUGCAGUGGACCACGAAGGCAACACACCGCUGCACGUCAUCGUCCAGUACAACAGACCCAUCAGCGACUUCCUCACGCUGCACGCCAUCAUCAUCAACCUGGUGGAGGCCGGCGCACACACCGACAUGACAAACAAGCAGAAGAAAACGCCACUGGACAAGAGCACCACCGGCGUGUCCGAGAUCCUGCUGAAGACGCAGAUGAAGAUGAGCCUGAAGUGCAUGGCUGCGCGUGCCGUCCGGCAGCACCAGAUCACCUACCGGAACCAGAUCCCCAAAACCCUGGAGGAGUUUGUGGAGUUCCACUGAAACACAAAGAACAUUGAGGUGUUUUCUAACGGACCUGUUGAUGUGGAGUGAUUGUUCUACAGCAGUCAAGAGUUUUAAGCCUUUUUAUUCUAGAUUUUAUUAUCUGACCCGUGAGGACAUCUCUGAGUGAUGUCCUCUGUAGGAC